UGGUCGCUGAGCUCGUUGCGCUGAGAGGAUAUACCGCUGUACAAAGAUUACACGACCGGGCCUGUCCUGCAGGCACCUCCACGCACUCAUGGGUGUCGGUCCCUCGCAUCAAACAAAGAUCGAGCGUGAGUUCGGAGAUAUCGGAGAUGGCGAUGGACAGGAGAGGUUCUUCGGCCUCGAGAACUUCGGCAAUACCUGCUAUUGCAACUCGGUGCUGCAGGCGCUCUACUUUUGCGAGCCGUUGCGACAUCAUCUUGCGCAAGUACGAGAGGAAGACAAGAGUGGCAGCGGCAGCGGAGACGGUAAUAGCUGUGGCGGGGGUGGGGGUAGCGGGGGCAGCGGCAAGACCGUUCUGUCGGAGUUGGCGGAGCUAUUCUCGUCCAUAUCCAACCAGAAGCGGCGGUCUGGCCACCUGGCGCCGACGGAAUUCCUCCGCACCCUGCGGGAACGCAACGAGCUCUUCCGUGGGAACAGGCAGCAGGAUGCGCACGAGUUCUUCAACUUCGUGCUGAACGAGAUGGCGGAUUGUGUGGUGGCUAGAAGGAAGCUGCGGGACGAGGCGGUCACCGUUCAGGAGCACAAGCAGCGCUUCAAACAAAACGGGAGCCAUCACCACCGCCAGGCACACGGUAGCAACAGCAACACCCAGACGAGUGCUUCCCAGCAGCAGCAGCAGCAGCAGCAGCAGGAUCCGCGACGGUCUUCCACCUGGUCCAAGAUGUCCUCCUUCAAAGGCAGCUUCGGGAACGGGCUGAAGAACGCCUCGCAGCCGGCUCCUGCGGAGGGAGCGGCCGCCGCAGCGGCGACACCAUCGGUAGCACCGGCAGCAGAUUGCACGACUCCAUCGACCGCGGUUGGGGGGCACGCGGGCGGGAUGUCGGGCAGCGACCCCAGGGGGGGGGAGUCGGCGGCGGGGGUUGAUGGUGGUGACGGCAACGCGCGUGGCAACCGGAGAACAAGCGAUGGGGCUAACGAAUCUGGCGGGGAGACGUGGGUGCAUCGAAUAUUUCAGGGGGUUCUCACGAACCAGACCAAGUGCCUCUGUUGCGAGACGGUGAGCAAUCGAGACGAGCCUUUCAUGGACCUGUCCCUGGACGUGGAGCAGAACUCGUCGGUGUCGGCGUGCCUGAGAAACUUCAGCAGCACGGAGACUCUCACCAAGAAGAACAAGUUUUUCUGCGAGACCUGCUACGCUCUGCAGGAGGCCGAGAAAAAGAUUCGGCUGAAGCGACUGCCGCGAAUCCUGACGCUGCACCUCAAGCGCUUCAAGUACGUGGAGUCGCUGGAGAACUUCUCCAAGCUGUCGCACCGGGUCGUGUUUCCCCUCGAGCUGCGGACACCCAACAUGACGGACGCCGCCGGCGAGGCGGACGCGGACGGUCGGCUUUACAGGCAAGCAAGGCUAUUCGCUGUCGUAGUACACAUUGGCCGCGGCCCCAACCACGGACACUAUGUGGCGGUGGUGAAGUCAGGAGGUCGCUGGCUGCUCUUCGACGACGAGAUUGUCGAGCUCGUCAACGAACAGGUGCUCAAGCAGUGCUUCGGACUGGCACGCCCAGCCUCAGCCGCCACCAACACCGGGUACCUGCUACUCUACGACUGCGGAGAGUGAACAGAGCGCUUACGGUGGUCAGGGGGUGGGGGGGGGAGGGUUGUAGCCAUGGAAACUUACGCGGAGGGAGGAAAGGGGGCCAAGUCGUGCAUUGCUGGCCUUGGUCAUCAAAUGCUGGGCAUGGAAGGCAGUAUUUUAUGUACACUCUCGUUCGACUCUCAGUAUUUUUUUUUGUUCGACUCUCAGUAUUUUUUUGUCAAUGAGCAGGCAGUUGAUAUUCGUUUCUCCACGCGGAGCGGAGACGAUCGUGGUACAUAAGCGAAGCGUGUUUACUGGUCGUGCGUGUUGAAAUCAAUUCAUUUUGCUCCGUUAUUGGUUUUGAAUGCAAUAACCUGAAAAGACUAUCUUAUCUACCCGUUUGAGAUGGUUCCCCAGUAGAAUGGAUGUGAUGUGUUAAUGAAAUCUUUACAAUGAAUUGAGAAGGGACCUGCUUUUUUUUGUUCGGUUCCUUGGGCAGUGUAGUUGGUCCAUCUCGAACGUUCAAUAGUAGUGUUAUAGUGUGGUUGUUUUUGUGGCCCGGCGCCUCUGGUCUGUUUGCCAACAUUUUACAUAGGCUCCAGAGGCUAAGUUGGACGCCGGUACAAUAUAUAGUCUAUACUGUAGGCAUGGCCACCCAUUGUUUUUCGUAUAGUAUUUGCAUGCGGAUGUAUUUACGUAUGUAUUUGCUGGCUGUUGGCACACGAGACAGAGCUGAUACUGUCGUCGGAAGGAAUGAAUUAACGCAUCGUUGGCGUGUGGCGGUGGGGAGGGAAUUCCCCUUUACUACACAUCUACGGGAAGAAUGCUGCUGAGCUCUUAUUUUGAUUUUAAGUUCAGCCCCAAAUUCAGUUACAGCUGGCAGAGGCAUUGUCGUGGUAGAAAGGGAGGGGGGUCGCUCCUUGUUCGGUACCAUUCAUCGUCUCUUUUCCGGUGGACGACGAAUGACUUGAAGGAAUGUAUGA